CUGAAAUGAAACUGUUUGCCGAGAGAUAACAAACCUAAUGGCAACAUGAGAAAAGAUGGUACAUAUCUUGCAGAGUUGACGACAGAUGCGGUAGGUAGGAAGGCAUCAAAUGGAAUCAUGAAAUGGAUAACUAAAGGACCUCCUUAUUUUGUCUUAUUCCUCUUUGGUUUUACAACUUCGACUCUCAGCACAGAAAACAAAACAGGAAAAUGUGACGAGGAAUUGUUUUUAGACACAAUUGCAGAGACGUUCAAUAUUUCUUCUCCCGGUUACCCAGAUACAGCUUACACUCCCGGAUCACACUUUACCUGGUGCCUCACAGCUCCGGAACACAUGAUAAUAUCAAUCACUUGCGAUGAGUUUGAUGUUCCAAAAAGUUCUGAGUGUGAAAAAAACGCACUGACUGUUUUCACUGGGGAAGACGAAAAACCAAUGGCGCAUUGUGGCUCAAUGUCUUUCCACCAAAAGUCAACCUCCAACAAAAUGAUGAUGAAACUUCACUCGAGCAUGAAAAGUCGAGGAGGAAAGUUCUCCUGUGAGGUUCAAGCUGAGUCUGAAGCCAUCAGUGCUCGAGCUAUUGUCUACGAUGACUGCGACUGUGGGUAUUCCUACAGGACACGUAUCGUCGGUGGGGAGGAGACGGGGAUAAAUGAGUUCCCGUUCAUGGCAGGACUGAUCGAUGCACGACGCGGUGCCGUGAUAGUGUGUGGCGCGACCAUCAUCAGUCCUCGGUACGUCUUGACAGCUGACCACUGUCUCGGAGGCUUGCAGCUGAACCAGACUGGAGUGGUGGUGGGGGAACAUAACGUUAGCACAGGAUCGGAGACUACAGCAACAAAACUGAUUAGAGCACAAAGGUUCAUUCCUUACCCGUAUUACAACAGCGAGACUAACCAGUACGAUCUUGCUCUAAUUGAGCUUGCCUCUCCAAUAACAUAUUCCGCUCGGGUUGGACCCGUCUGUCUUCCAUUUGUGUCGAGAGACUGGGAUCUUACUGGCGAGUUUGUUAAAGUUUUGGGUUGGGGAACAACAGAGUUCGGAGGUCCAAGAUCAAGAGUGUUGAGGAAAGUGGAUUUACAGAUAAUUGAUAUUCAAAGCUGCAUCGACGCAUAUGGCGGUGACAUUGAUCCAUACACACAGCUGUGUACAUAUAGGGAAAAUGCUGAUGCUUGCCAGUUCGACUCUGGUGGACCCCUUCUCUACUUCAACAGCAACAUCAACCGUUACGAGAUCGCAGGUUUAGUUGCCUACGGAAGAGGAUGUGCCUCGGAAUUCCCAGGAGUCAAUACUAGAAUUGCUCCUUUCCUACAGUGGAUACUCGAUAACACACAGAUGUUCUAGAGUACUGAGUUUGGUGUGGCGGCCGCACAUGAACACGCCUCGGCAGACUACCGUGGUAGAGAUACGCACCGUUGAUGGAAGGUGCGACUGCGCUGCACACCGCUGGCACGUGGGGAAUGGUGGGGGGCAGUGGCGGACUCGGCAUCUCCGGGCUGGGGCUCGUAUCACUGGGAAGUGGCUGCAAGACAGUCACUCCAUUCUGGACAAAAGAAAGGUUUAAGCCUUUUAAUAAAAUCGUUAUAAAUCUAUGAAAACGACAAACUAAAAUUAUUUAAUUAAUAGGAGUUCUUUUUUUACUUGUAAUAUAUUAAUAAUUUUCGUUAUAAGAACUUAAUAUUAAAGAAUCUACAUCCACUGAAAUUGGCAAAAG